AUGGAGGGAGACUUAGCCGCUCCCAGCAAGACCGAGCUUGACGCAGUGCAUGAAGGAACGCCGAGCUCAAUCGAUUCCACGCCAGAGCAUGAAACGCAUGCAGAGCUGUCGGCUUCGUUAGAGCCGACCGCGCAACCCCAGAAACGAAAGGGAGGACGGAAGCCUAUAUAUGCGACAUCUGAAGAGCGCAAACAGCGGAACAGACAGGCACAAGCUGCUUUCCGCGAACGCCGUACCGAGUACAUCAAGCAACUUGAGGCUACAAUCAAGCAGAAUGAGGAUACUCUCGCUACUUUGCAGCAGAGUCAUCGCUCAGCUGCUGAUGAAUGUCUGAUGCUGCGCUAUAAGAACUCCUUGCUUGAGCGAAUACUGCUCGAGAAAGGCAUCGAUGUGCAGGCCGAGCUCCAGCUGAAGACGGGAAGCCCGAUUCUGGAACAUGGCUUCGCGCCUCCACGUGCGAAUCCGCCUCCAACACAAGUGCCGCUGCCUCCUCUCCAACGGACAGCGGUCCAGAGACAGCACGCUCGGAAAUCGGGAGGUCAGACUUUCCUCCCCAAGCUUGCGCCAGGCCAUCUCAACGCAGAGACAACCUUCACGCAGCCCUCUCCGCAAGGCCACCCGACGCCUUUAUCCCAUUCACCAUCGCCGUCCAGCUUAACCUCGCGGUCACCUCUAACAUAUCAUCAAGGUGGGAUUACCCCACCAACGUCUACCGUUCUCACUCAGGGACAAACGCAGCAGUUCCAUCAUUUGCAGGCCCGCUCGUCGCAGCAGCCGCCUAGUACCGGGUUCUACCAGCCCCAACAGCAACAGGUACCGUCAAACAGACAGCGUGCGCCGCAGCGUCCACCGCCACCGUCGCAAUACCAGAGCAGCGCCAGUGUGAUCGCUGGGCCAUCAUCCGCUUCGGCGUACUAUCCCAGCCCAUUUCAGAAACAUAUAGAUCAGCUCGGCAAUACAGAACAGGAGUACGAUACCGAACAAGCGCAACCGAUGCUCGACCAAGCCGACCACGAGCCCGAACCUACCUCCGAUCCAUCACCGACGCAACUGCACGGCACGUAUCCGGCUCAAUACGACCAACAAAUGCAGCACCAGCACGCUGCUUCAGGUCAAGAGUAUUAUCAGCCGGGCUAUGAAGCACAGUUCCACAACAUGACGCAACUGCAGCAGCAGCAGCAUCCGGGAUCAUCACGGAUCGCGCCAACAAGUCAGCCCGAAUCAAGUGGCUUCGCUAGCGGACGCAUGGUAAUGGGUCAGUUGAUAGAUGCUCAUGACCCUUUGCUUGACGCCGAUCCGUUCGGCUUGAGUGCGAGCAUGCACUACCCAACCACAUAUGGCACGAUCGGCCAGCAGCCACCGGGCCGUUGA